AUGGACUGGGGACUCCUCCUGCACUGUGCCGCCCUCAUGGUCACCCUUGGCAGGACGCUGAGGAGCGACAAAUGCGGUGAAACUAUAAAAAUUGUCGAGCCUGGGUACCUCACUUCUCCUGGCUACCCUAAUACGUAUCACCCGAGCCAAAAGUGUGAAUGGCUGAUUCAAGCUCCUCAUCCGUACCAGAGGAUUAUGAUCAACUUCAACCCUCACUUUGAUUUGGAGGACAGAGAAUGCAAGUACGAUUAUGUUGAAGUGAUUGAUGGAGACAAUGCCAGCGGGCGAGUGUGGGGAAAGUAUUGCGGCAAGAUUGCGCCCCAGCCGGUGGUAUCUUCAGGACCGUACCUCUUCAUCAAAUUUGUCUCCGAUUACGAAACUCAUGGAGCAGGGUUUUCCAUUCGCUAUGAAGUUUUCAAAAAAGGACCAGAAUGCUCCAGAAACUUUACAUCAAUGAGUGGGGUGAUCAAAUCACCUGGAUUCCCUGAAAAAUAUCCCAAUGGCCUUGAAUGCACUUACAUUAUCUUUGCACCAAAGAUGUCAGAGAUCAUACUGGAAUUUGAAAGCUUUGAACUGGAGCCAGAUUCAAAUCCUCCAGGAGGAAUGUUCUGCCGCUAUGACAGAUUAGAAAUCUGGGAUGGAUUUGCUGAAGUUGGCCCUCACAUAGGCCGAUAUUGUGGGCAGAAUACACCAGGCCGUGUCCGCUCUUCAACUGGCAUUAUUUCCCUGGUUUUCUACACCGACAGUGCGAUAGCAAAAGAAGGUUUUUCUGCCAACUACACCGUCUUGCAGAACAGUGUAUCGGAAGAUUUCCAGUGCAUUCAACCACUUGGAAUGGAAUCCGGUGAAAUUCAUUCUGACCAAAUCAGUGCCUCUUCUCAGUAUAGUACCAACUGGUCUUCUGAAAGGUCCCGCUUGAAUUACCCUGAAAAUGGGUGGACGCCAGGAGAAGAUUCCAUCAGAGAAUGGAUACAGGUGGACUUGGGCCUUCUCCGCUUUGUUUCUGCCAUUGGAACCCAGGGAGCCAUCUCGAAAGAAACUAAGAAAAGGUACUAUGUGAAAACGUACCGUGUUGAUAUCAGCUCCAAUGGAGAAGAUUGGAUUUCACUUAAAGAUGGAAAUAAACCUUUGGUGUUUACAGGGAACACUAACCCCACCGACGUUGCUUACGGAACUUUUCCCAGGCCAGUUCUGACGCGCUUUGUUAGAAUCAAACCUGUAAACUGGGAAACUGGGAUAUCACUCAGAUUUGAAGUAUACGGCUGUAAAAUUACAGAUUAUCCUUGCUUUGGCAUGCUGGGGAUGGUAUCUGGUCUCAUCACGGACUCUCAGAUUACAGCAUCGAGUGAGGUUGAUCGAAACUGGAUCCCAGAAAACGCUCGCCUUAUCACAAGCCGUCUAGGCUGGGCACUGCCUCCAACUACUCACUCAUACACAAAGGAAUGGCUCCAAAUAGACCUUGGUGAGGAGAAGAUAGUGCGGGGCAUAAUCGUCCAAGGAGGCAAGCACAGAGAAAACAAGGUCUUCAUGAGGAAAUUCAAAAUUGGAUACAGCUACAAUGGAUCAGACUGGAAAUUUAUUGUGGAUGCAAGCAAAAAGAAGGUCAAGAUUUUUGAAGGCAACACCAACUACGACACACCCGAGCUUCGUGUUUUUGAGCCUACAACCACCAGGUUCAUUCGUGUCUACCCUGAAAGAGCCACCCAUGGCGGACUGGGGCUGAGGAUGGAACUUCUGGGCUGUGAAAUUGAAGUGCCUACCACUCCCGACAGCAACCUUGUGGACGAGUGCGAUGACGACCAAGCCAACUGCCACAGCGGAACAGGUGAUGACUUCCAGUUGACAGGUGCAGAGGCCAUGCUCAUUCCAUCGCAAGACCAUUUUCGUUCAGAUCCCUCCUCGGUUGUCCUGCUUGCCUUGCCUUUAUCACUUGUGAUUAAAAAAAAAGACGCAACCGCAUCAGUACAAGCACUGCUGAGCGUCAACGAGGAAAGAGAGGCUGCAGAAAGCGACCCUCUCUGCCCCCCCACGAUCACUGAAGAACUCCCAGCAUACGGCUUCAACUGUGAAUUUGGCUACAGUUCUCAGAAGACAUUCUGCCGCUGGGAGCAUGACAGCCGGUUGGACCUGAAGUGGGUGGUUCUCACCAGCAAAACAGGGCCCAUUCAAGACCACACAGGAGAUGGCAAUUUCAUUUACUCACAAGCUGAUGAAAACCAAAAAGGCAAGCUUGCGCGGCUCAUCAGCCCUAUCGUCAACCCACAGAACUCCGCGCACUGCAUGACUUUCUGGUACCAUAUGUCCGGCCCCCAUGUUGGCACUCUGCGAAUCAAGCUGAGGUAUCCCUCCCCUGAUGAGUACGACCAAGUCCUCUUGACACUGAAUGGAAAUCAGGGGAACUCCUGGAAAGAAGGACGCAUCCUCCUCCACAAAUCUGUGAAACAUUAUCAGGUGAUGGUGGAAGGAGAAAUAGGAAAAGGAAACGGAGGAAUCGCAGUGGAUGACAUUAACAUUGACAAUCACAUCGCACAGGAGGAAUGCAGAAAGUCAAAUGAUGCCGGGAAUGAAAUAGUUGAAGAAGAGCCAGAUAUUAAUCAAACAGGGUCGACGCCCGAGUACCACGAAAACGGAGAACCCUACAACGAUAACAUCUCCCGGAAAUCGGUUAAUGUGCUGAAGACCCUCGAUCCCAUUCUGAUCACCAUCAUAGCCAUGAGCGCUUUAGGGGUGCUUCUCGGGGCCAUCUGUGGGGUCAUCCUCUAUUGCGCCUGUUGGCACAACGGUAUGUCGGACAGGAACUUGUCUGCCCUAGAGAACUACAAUUUCGAACUUGUGGACGGCGUGAAAUUGAAAAAAGACAAACUGAACACACAGAAUACUUACUCAGAGGCGUGAAGGUGCGAGAGCAGCUAAUGAAAUUUCGGAGGAAUUGAGACAGAAGGACAUAUCACUAGCUUAAGCUGGGGGACUGUGGGUCUUCUUUUACUGUACAGGCUGGAAACUGCGUUGGGGACGCUGAGCCACGCUUUUCUCAGGAGCUUCAGUGAGCGUACCAGAUAUACUAAGAAAUGGACAACAAUCUGUGUUAAACAAUCUGAAUCAUGUACAGUCUACUUCUGUUUCUAAUUUGAAAUAAUCAAAUGCUGGUGUUGAGACCAAGUAUGAUUGGCUUAAGAGGGGGUGUUUCGUUUCGUUUCUGUCUUCCCUCCUGCCCCGGCUUUUGUUUCCUUCCCCUCUGAUGAGUAUGUUUUAUUUUUUUACUGUGCAAAAAUCCAAGAUGCUGUCACAAAGUGUAUUUUGG